GAGAAACUCCGGCGUGAAGUGGAGGAUCUGAAAACACUCCAGAGUGUGGUGAAGGAGAACCUCAAUCUGCGCUCGAGGCUGGAGAACUCCGUCUCAAACCAUCACCACAACCACCACAACAACACCACGAUGACGGAGAAGAGCCACAUCAGCCCAGGGCGGGCCGCAGACGAUAAACCCGAUGCGGACGGGAGAUGAUCGGUCGUGUCCCUGGUUGCUGCGUGUCCUUGUCGACGAGGAAUGCCUCUGAGAGAAUCCCCCUUCCCUAAUGGCUUCGUCGGGGGCCUUCACGCCCUGGGAUGGGGCCUCGUCUUCCCCUGCUUCUGGUCCCUGGACCGACUCAUUGCUGUGUGCGUGUCCACGACCCUGGAGCGCAGACGGAGACUGGAGGAAGAGUGCUACCUGCACCCUCUCGUCGUCUUCUUCGGGUCGCUGUUCUUCCUCCUCCUGUUCCUCAUCUCGGCGCCUUUCGCUUUCCUGGGCUUCCUGUUGUGGGCGCCGCUUCAGUGCCUGCGUCGUCCCUUCUGUUACAAGCGGCGGGAGGCGACGAUUAAGAUGCAUGACCGUAAUACCGGGUGGGAGGAGUCUGGAAAGCUGACUUUUGGGUUUUUAACCGCUAAUCUGUGCCUCCUGCCAGGCGGCCUGGCGCGCUUUAAUAACCUGGCACACACGCAGAGGCGGGCUCUCGCCAUCGGGCGCAACAUCGUGCAGGGCGUGAGUCGGCCGAAUAUCCGUAUUUUCGUCCACUCUCCGAGUAGCUGCGGACCCUUGAGCUCGUCCUCCAGCCUUCUGAACUCAGGCCCCGCCUCCAACGGCGCCGCCGGUACCCAGGUGACACCAGAACAGGAUGGGGCCGUUCAUAAAAGUUCCCCUGCACUCAGAGAGGAACAGGGCGCAGAUGCCGAGAAAGAAAUCCUCCAGACGUCCACCGGAGGCGCCGUAGCGAGCAACCACACGCACGAACUCCAGGUGAAUGAAAGCCAUGUGAAGCCGCCACGAGCAUUACAGACACCGCUGGAGGUGUCGGCCCUGUUUCCAGCCGAUGUGGACAUCUUGUGCCUGCAGGAAGUGUUCGAUAAAAGGGCGGCGGCCAAGCUGGCUGAGAUCUUGUCUCCACUCUACGGUCACAUCCUGUAUGACGUGGGCACGUACGCCUGCAGCUCCGGCUCCUGCUUCAAGUUCUUCAACAGCGGCUUGCUGGUGGCCAGUCGCUUCCCGGUGUUGGAGGCGCAGUACCGCUGCUUCCCCAAUGGCCGAGGAGAGGACGCGCUCGCCGCUAAAGGCCUGCUCUCUCUGAAGGUACAGACAGGAUUACAGAGAGGACAGGAGAAACUAGUGGGGUUUUUCAGCUGCUCUCAUCUUCACGCUCCAGAAGGUGAAGGAGAGAUCCGGUGCGAGCAGCUGGACAUGAUCCGCCAGUGGAUCUGCGAGUUCCAGACCACCACCAGGCAGCCGGACGAGGCGGUGGUGUUCGACGUGCUCUGUGGAGACUUUAACUUCGACAACUGCUCUCCAGAUGAUGAUCUGGAGCAGAAACACACUGUGUUUAACGACUACACUGAUCCGUGUAGAGCCGCAGCUGGCAGAGAGAAACCCUGGGCUAUAGGCACACUGUUACAGCAGCCGACGUUAUACGAUGAGGACGUGAACACGCCGGAUAACCUGCAGAGGACUCUGGAAAACGAAGAGCUGCGUAAACUCUACCUGGCGCCCCCCGUGCCCCGGGGCGACGCCCCUCUGGUGUACCCUGAACCCGGGGAGCCCUGGGUGGGCCGCCGCAUCGAUUACCUUCUCUACAGAGAGAGCACGCUGACUGAGCGCUGGCAUGCGGACGUGGAGGAGGUUACAUACGUGACUCAGCUGGCUACUUUAACGGAUCACAUCCCCGUGGGCCUCAGACUCAGCGUCACACUCGACUCCUCAGGGCCUUGAGCCGGAACGCACUCACACGCAUGCACACACACACACACACAAUAGAAUAAAAUAAAACCCUAUGCUGUACCAGUGUUUUAUAUAUCAGGAGUUGAAGCCUGACCUGAUCACAGUACAGUUUAUCAGGGUCAGGACGAGUCCUGUCGGGUCUGAUGGAAGACACUCUUACGGUUUGGGGAUCAUAAAUAAUAACUGGAUGGCAUGAAAUGAAAUGUACAUUUUGCACUCCUUCAGCAUGGACUGUAUGUAAAGUCAUCACCUCGUGCAUGGAUCAGAAUCCACUGAGAGGCACCGACAUCACGGCAAUAACCCUCCAUCUCCCCGUCCUCUCCUCCAUCACACUCUCAAAAGACUCGUGUCAUAUAUUUUAAUAAAAACUUUUCAUACGUGG